AAAGAAAAUAAUCGAAGAAAAAUAAGUGGCCACAAGAAACUGAAGGAAGAAACCACCAAACCAGAAACACAACAAUGGCGACUCUACCACCGUCAACUCGGCAACUUCCCCAACCCGAGAACAACGUUCCCAUCAUCUCCACGGCCAAACCUCCCAUUCAAACUCCACGCGCCGCCGCGCGCCGUCCCGGAAGACUCCUCCUCCGCCGCAACCGACCCCGCACCGGAGCAGGACAGCGACAGCUUCGAGGACCGCCUCCUACAAGUCCGCCUCCGCAACCGCAGCGGAACCGGAAAAAAGCCGGAGGCCCGCAAGACCCGGAAGGGGAAGAAACCCGGGUCCGGAUCUUCAUCAUCCGGGUCGAACGUCUUCCUCCCGCCCGUUCCCCUGAAGGAGCCCGUAUCCGAAGGGCUGAAAGUCGAAUUCGGGUUCAGCCCGUAUUCGGAGCGAAUCAACGGCCGGAUCGCGUUGCUCGGGUUAACCGCUAUGCUGCUGGUUGAGCUGGCAACUGGUAAAAGCGUAAUUAAUUACCACUCCCCUUCGAUUAUCUUCGUCCAGGUGUACUUCGUGGCGGUUGUUUCUGCACUGUAUGUUAAGAUCCAGAAAGAAAAUGUUAGUGUUUGGCCGCAGUCUGAUAAAUGAUGGUUUAAAGAUUGGAUUUUUUAAUGGUUGUGCAGAAGAACGUUUUUCUUGUACUGUGUGUGUGUGUUUUUUUUUUUCUUGAUUGAUUAAUUUAAUUGGAGUUUGUGUUACAUUGGUGAAAUAUAUCUCUAACAUGUUUGCUUCGAACACAUGUGUAUGCGUACAGUAUAUGUAUUGUUUCAGUAUAUGUAUUGUUUGAUUGUAUCUAUACAAACAUAUAUAUCAAAUGUAUUGUACCU